UUUAUUUUGUUAAUAUUACUAAUCCCGUGAUAUUUUAUGCUGAACUUCGCUGGCCGACAGUAACUAAAAAUGACAUGCACAGGGAGGGCUUAAAAUCCCAGUCAUCUCAUUACAUAUGGACCUGGGUUUGUACAGUGACUGCGUGAGUAUCGCGUCGCGAGGAUGUGGGCUGUGUUUGGCGGGCGGCGCGCGAGCACCUGAGCUUCUGCUGCAGGGGUUUCCAUAGCGAGCGCAUUCACUCUCUCUCUCACUCACUUCAGCGGGAACACCGCAGACUUCCUGGAGCGGGAUAAUGCGUGCAAUCCGCUCGCAUUUACGCCACUGAACCGGCUGAAGGGAUGUAGGCGGAGCGCGGACGCGAGCUACAAAGGUCAUGAGUGCCUUGAGGAGAACAGCUGUUGAGAAGAACCUCACCUGGACCACACACUCCAGCCAACUCCCAGCAUCCCAGUAUGACGUCUGAUCCACAGCAGGAUGCUGCAGUGAAGUUGGAACAGGAGCGAGCUGAGAUAAUCGCCAAAUAUGACAAGGGUAAAGAAAGUGCGGAGGUGGAGCCUUGGGAGGAGACCAAUUUUGAUCUGUAUAAAGUGGUGGACCGCUUCGGAUUCCUGCAUGAGGAUGAGCUUCCAGCGUAUGACAUAGUGGAGGAAAAGCAAAAACACCUGGAAGUGGAGAGAACGGCAAAAUGGCUGAAAAUGUUGAAGAGCUGGGAGAAAUACAAGAACAGUGACAAGCUGGCAAGGAGGAUCUAUAAGGGAAUUCCACUGCAGUUUAGAGGUCAGGUUUGGUGUUUGCUGCUCGACAUCCCCAAAAUCAAGGAAGAGAAAAAGGACUUCUACGAGAAACUGAAGAUCAGAGCCAGGGUUUUGUCUCCAGAUGUCCGUCAGAUUGAUCUGGAUGUGAAUCGUACAUACAGAGAUCACAUCAUGUUCAUGCACCGCUAUGAUGUCAAACAGCAGGAUCUGUUUCAUGUGCUCACAGCAUAUUCUGUAUAUAACACAGAAGUGGGCUAUUGUCAGGGCAUGAGUCAGAUCACUGCUCUGUUACUCAUCUAUAUGAAUGAGGAAGAUGCUUUCUGGGCACUGGUCAAACUGCUGUCUGGACAGAAACACGCCAUGCAUGGUUUCUUUGUUCCAGGGUUCCCUAAACUCAUGCGCUUCCAGGAGCAUCAUGACCGCAUCCUGCAGAAGAUGAUGCCUAAGCUCAAGCAACAUCUAGAUAAUCAAGAGGUGUACACCAGCCUGUACACUUUGAAAUGGUUUUUUCAGUGUUUCUUGGAUCGGACUCCAUUCACGCUCACGCUGAGAAUAUGGGAUAUUUAUAUUCUGGAAGGAGAGCGAGUUCUGACUGCGAUGUCUUACACCAUCCUCAAGCUCCACAAAAAAAUCCUCUUGAAGUUGUCCAUGGAGGAGCUGGUGAAGUUUCUGCAGGUGACUUUGUCAAAGGAUUUCUUUUUAGAGGAUGACAUUGUGAUCGAGCAGCUUCAACACUCCAUGUCUGAGCUCAGACGAGCUAAACUGGAGCUGCCACCUCCAGGUAACGAGGAUGAGUUUCCAAAGAAACCAUUAGGUCAACUUCCUCCUGAGCCUCCAGGAUUGGCAGCAGCACCAACAAAUCAUAUGGCUAAUGGGCAACUGGUCGGGAAGACAGUUGAGGGCCUUCCCCCUCGUGUUUCGAGCCCUGCCGCAAGCAUCAGUAAAGUCGCUGAUGGAACACCAGAGAGGUACCAAGAAAGUCGGCCAUCCAGCUCAAUGGACAAGGUCCCUCAUCCAGACAAGAGUGAAAGUGAUCGACGAGGUGUGGACACUCAAAAGGAACGAGGCCCAACCCACAUUCCCAACAGCAGCACAACAGGUCGGAAGGUGCUGACUCAGAACCAGGCGAAUCACAACUCCAAUGUUAGAUCCAGUAUGCGUAGGGACAUUGCACCUCGCUGGGUCAAACCUUCAGAGGACAAACUGGAAGCAGUCAAGGCUGCAGCACGGGAAAACCAGUCAAGUCUAACUAUGGGUGUUCCACCCUCGCCCAGCUCCCCAACUCCAGAGGAGGCCACCGGGGCUCAGCGCAGACCCCGUUCACGAGCGUUUGUUCCAGGCUCCGACCGUGGCUCCAACGCCUCGCAAUACGACAAUGUCCCAGGACAAGAUGGAGAGGUUAUAGAGAUUAUAGAGCUUGAGAAACCACCCUCUCACCCCCCUUCCCGACCUUACGUUGGGCCUUCUUUGAGACAGGGCAGUCCCACCCGUCUCCCCAGUGAUGGAACUGGCUUCUCUUCCUUUAGAAUGCCCAAACAGAGCAUGAUGCAGUCCAAACCAGAACCCCGCACACCUCUGCACUACCCUCCUGGCAUGACUCCUGUCAACACUCAAUACAUUUCUGAUUCUUGGUCUGAGGACAGACUAUACGGACAUCAGUACUCCGAGCAAGUUUAUGCAACUACAGGACGUGGCUCAUCUAACCCUUCGCCUGAGAAAACACUGAUGAACAACAGCUACUUAACCUAUCGACAGCAACCCCCAAACAUGCCCCCUCUCAGGGUUGCUCCUGCUGAGCUUUCGUCCCAGAUAGACAGUGCUGGCGAGGGCGGGUAUUACAUGCGACAACCCACCCGACUGCUGGUCUCUACUGUUUACCCGCCCACAGAACUGCGUUAUGAGGCACACAGACGAAAAGAGGGCUGGUAUGGGGACAUGGAGGCGGGGCCUCCACGAUCUCCUGUGGGACUACCUCGAUCUCCCAGCUUCCAGAAAGCUCAGCUCUCUCCCAUUCACCCCGUUCAGGAGUUUAACUUUGCACCUGCAAAUAUCUCGGAUGAUGUGCUCCAUUUCAGAGGACCCUACCAAGAGCACUCGAGCAGGCAACAGCUCCCCCCACUGUUUGGUGGAACACACUACAGGCAGGCACAGGAGGCCUUUGCAAUGCAGGAGUCUAUGCUGCUCUGAGAGGGACAGACAGGGACCAAGAUAGAGGGAUACACUGUACGAGUGAUGGCUAGCAAGCAGUUUUGUGUUGGUUAAAUGUGUUUUUGCAUUCUGUUCUGUUUUCUUUCUCAUUCAUUUGUCUGGCAAGUCUUACCACAUCAUAGACUGACUAAAGAAAUUUACUUUUGUUUUUGUUUGUACAUUUUUGUCCAUAGAAUAACCAUUAACUGCCGAUGUGAGUUAUAUAACAAAGCUUAAAUGUGGAAAGAGAUUUUUUUUUGUUUGUUUGUUUGGUUAGCACACUGAGAUAUUUAAAUAGAGGGUUAUGGAGAGUCUUCUUCAUGUGGACAACCUCAGUUAUCGUUCAAUUAUCAUCUAUAUUUUUAUGCAUUUUUCAGACAUAAAAAUACUUUAGAGAACACUUUAUUCCUUGAUUGUGAAUAUAUAUUUUUAAGAACAAAGAUUUGUGUAAGUUGGAUAUGUAUAUUAUAAACAACUGUAACAAUGAACAUAAUUGCUGUCUGACAGAACAUUUCAAUGCAUCACUACAGUGUUCAAGUCGACGUGUUCAGUGAAAGUAAGAACCUUGUUUUGUAAGGCUUGUGUUUUUAGGUUGUAUAUAAAAAUGCAGAUCUUUAAUCUUAAAUCGAAAGGGAAUUUUAGGGUGUAUGUACAUUCUCAAAAUCUGUUGCACUGACCAGCAAGCAGAUGUUAUAUUUUUUGUUCAUCAAGGUAACAGAUCAAUAACUGAUGAGACCAACUGAUGGCAGAUCUUGAAUUAAAAUUAUAAAAGCUG